AAACGAACUAAUCUUUUUUAACACAACUUCCAAACAGAGCGUAACAGACAAUGGCAGCCUCAUCACCGGCCAUGAGCAACGACGACAACGCCGCCACCACCACUCUCCCCGCCUCUGCCUCUGCCUCCGCCUCCGCCGUCGCUACCAUUUCCGCCACCAACGCGGCUAAGAACCUUCGCGGCCUCAACAAACCUAAGUGUAUUAAGUGCGGCAACGUCGCUCGAUCCAGGUGCCCAUAUCAGUCAUGCAAGAGUUGCUGUGCAAAAGCUCAAAAUCCAUGUCACAUACACGUGUUGACAAGCAAUGCAACUUUUCCGGACAAGAUACCAUCGUCUAGCUCUUCUUUGUUUGAUCAGCAAUCAACUGACGCAUCUUCCUCUGGGAAUUCACGUAGAUUUACUUCACUUCGGCAACUCUCCAACAAUUUUGCCCAGUUUAAUAAUUUGCAAGGCCCACUUCGUUCAAGGAAGACAGUGACUAGAAAGGAUGCUGCAGUUAUUAAUGAAUGGAGGUUUCUAAAGUUGAAAGAGCACAAGGAGGGAAAAAUUGAAGUGGAAAAUGAAGCUUUUGAUCGGUACAUGCAGAACGUUAGUUUACUCGAUGAGGUGCUUACUGUGGAUUCUACACCUGAAGGGUCCACCAAUAAUUGGCCCCCCAGGAGUGAAAAUGUUACAAAGAGAGUGCAAGACAUUGUCAAUCAGGGACUAAGGAAGCUUCAGAAAAUCGAGUUAGGUAAUGGUGACAAUGAUUCCAGUAAGCAAGUUGAACUUGUCGGAAUGCAAAAAAAGGGAAAAUCUUGGCGGGCUGAGAGGGUUUCGGCUUUAAGUGAUCUUCAUGAUAAGUUGAAUAAAGCUCAGAAUGAGGAAGAUCUGAAAUAUUGCUUGGAGAUGAAACCCGAACUCUUUAAUCAUCAUCAAAGGACAAGUCAAAUGGAAACCGAAGAAGUUAUUGAGAUAUCUAAACAGGAGACUGCGAACAAUGAAUUUUCACCUGGACUACAAUCAGAUUAUUCUAUACCCAAAUGGUUUUGCACAGCUAAUGUUGAUCAAGAUGCUCUCGAUCUCAUUGAUGUGCGUUUUUCUUCGCUUGAGGAGAUAGAAGCUCUGUAAUUUGGAGUGUUUGGAGAAUGAUAAAUUGCCAAAUUGCCUAGUUUUUGUGAAUCAAAGUCAAUUAGAGAGUUUUAUAAAGGUAAUUUUGAGCUAAUCGGGGCCUGAGCUCGGCUUGGGCCUAUUGGGACUAGGUGACAUAGGGCUUGUUCAGUCCAGGCCCAGGCCCCCUAAGGUGGGGCCUAGAUGAAGGUCUUUGUGACUCAGCCUGUUCCAAUUUUUUUUUGGAAAAACUUGAAAAAAAUAAAAAAGCCCAGCUCAAGGCUUGGUCCCUAAGAUUCUGUGCUGAGACUAGGCUGGGGUUAUGGAAAUCAGCCUUGUGUGUGGGCUUGUGUCCGAACCUGAUUGGCCCAACUUGAGUCUAAUCUAUCCCAAGUUAGGCAAAUGUGAGUGAAUGAAAGGGUUAAUGAUAUCCAAUUAAUUUGAUUUUUUACA